AUGGCUGCAUCCUCCGAGCCGCUCGCCCAGUUAUCUCAGUUACCCAAAGCAGAUGGCUCUGCUUCAUUCUCCUAUCACGGAUAUGCAGUCACCGCCGCCGUCAACGGUCCAAUUGAGGCGCCCCGCCGUGAUGAAAAUCCCUUCGAAGCGCUUGUGGAUGUGAUUGUCAGACCAGCAGCGGGAGUGGGAGGCACUGCAGAGAGGCAGCUCGAGUCAAUCUUGCAGGCGGCGAUUCGACAACUCAUACCCAUUCGAAAUUUUCCCAGAUGCAUGAUUCAAGUCACGCUUCAGGUUAUGGAAACGCCAGAAAACGCAUACCGAAAUACCAAACUCCUUCAGCCUCAAUUGAAUCUUGCCAUCAUCCCUGCCCUUUUCCACGCGGCCAUUCUUGGAUUAUUGACUGCUGCAGUUCCUCUCAAGACUAUUGCCACUGCUACAACAAUUGCAAUUUCAGCCGACUCCAACAGUCUGAUUGUCGAACCGAGCACAGAAUCGGCCGCCAAGGCCAAGUCUCUUCACGCCUUGGCAUUUACGUCUCGUGACGAGCUGCUGCUUGUCGAAAGUUCUGGAUCAUUCUCGGUUGAGGAUUGGAACAAGAUCCUGGAGACGGGACAGAAUGUGUGCUGCCGCGAACAAGGAUCCAAGCUCGACACAGUAAUGUCAGGAGAUGGACUCGAGUCGCAGAGCGUAAGGUCAUUCAUCCGGUCUGUCACGGAAACGAAAGCCGCUGCAGAUCUGCACUGGAAGUGA